AUGACUCUCCCCCCCGAUGCAGCUGGAGAAAAGACUCGGGUGCUUUCUCAUGGCGAGAUUGAAGCCCUGAUCGCCAAUGGCCAGUCCAUCGUCAUUAUAGAUCAGAAGGUGCUACGCCUCGACGCAUGGCUUCCCUACCACCCGGGCGGCUACAAGCCCAUACAGCAUUUCAUCGGCAAGGAUGCAACCAACGAGUUUACGGUCAAAUCGACCGCUACCAGAUCGGGAGGAUUGAAGGCCGCUGGCGGAAUCUGCUGCCUCCCAUCCAGGGCGGCCCCCAUCGCGAGGGCGCGAAGGAAGUCAUCGAGCUUACGCCCCAGCUCUCCCCUGAGCGCAACGGUCCCGAAGAGCUCGCUUUUCUGA